AUGCAGCACUCGACGCUCCUCAUCCUCUCGUUUCUCAGCACGUAUGUCUCGUGCUGGCCUUACGACGAGACUCUUGUGGAUUGGAAUCUCAACCAAAACAAGAGUGCUCAAGGCCCCAUCGAUUAUUGGGGAGCCUGGCCGGACCAUGACUAUCAUCCCUCGCCAGACAACUGGCGCUUCCCUAUGUAUACAAUCUUUCUGGACCGCAUAUCUAAUGGCGACCCGACAAACGACGAUAUCAACGGGACCGACUUCGAGCAUGUGGUCAACUCGAAUCAGAUGCGACACGGCGGCGACCUGGAUGGCUUGUUAGAUACACUGGACUAUAUCCAUGGCAUGGGUUUCAAGGCCAUUUACUUCGCCGGGACGUAUCUGGAGAACCUUCCUUGGGCCUACGAUGGCUACUCGCCGGCUGAUACCACUCUCCUCGACAAGCAUUACGGUACGUUGGAGGACUGGAGACGGAUGGUGACAGAGAUUCACAAACGGGAUAUGUACGUGCUGGUGGACAAUACCCUUGCAACGUUGAGCAACCUGAUCGGGUUCGAAGGCCAUCUGAACGGCUCGGCGGAUUUCAAAGCAGGUGAAUACAACGUCGAAUGGGUCACAGAACGACAAUAUGCCGACUUUUCGUUUGGGAACACCUGGAACGACACCUGCAACUAUCCUAAUUUUUGGUACGAGGAUGGAUUCCCGUUAACAACCAUGGGUGUCCAAGAUCUCAAGGGUUGCUAUAACAGCGAUUUUGAUCAGUACGGAGAACUAGAGGCAUUCGGUAAUUUCCCUGAUUGGCAGCGUCAGCUCACAAAGUUUGCCUCGGUGCAAGAUCGCCUGCGUGAAUGGCACAAGCCGGUCCGCGAUGUCAUCACCCGGCACUCCUGCUUUCAAAUCGCCAGUCUCGACAUCGAUGGGUUCCGCUUUGAUAAGGCUGUUCAAGCGACCCUCGAGCCCCUCAGUGAGAUGAUGGCCGUCUACCGUGAAUGCGCAAAGAAGCUCGGCAAAAACAAUUUCUUCCUCCCCGGGGAGAUCACGUCUGGAAAUACCUUUGGCAGUCUCUACCUUGGCCGUGGUCGUCAGCCAAAUCAGCGUCCGGCCUCUGCAGGUGCUGCUGUCAAGCUAACAAACACCUCCAAGGAAGCUUUCCUAAGAGAGGAUGGAUUGCAAGCAUUGGAUGCGUCGGCAUUUCAUUAUACAAUCUACCGUUCGAUGACCCGUUUUCUGGGCAUGGAUGGUAACUUGGUUGCUGGCUUCGACUUGCCCACCGAUUUCAUCCAAGCCUGGAAUGAGAUGCUUGUCACAAAUGACUUUCUCAAUGCAUUCACCGGAGAGUUAGAUCCCCGACACAUGUAUGGCGUUUCUAACCAAGAUAAUUUCCGUUGGCCGACCAUCAAGAACGGCACGUCGAAAUACCUUUUGGGUCUGAACGUUAUCACCUUGGUACUUCCCGGCAUUCCUCUCAUCUUGUGGGGUGAAGAGCAGGCAAUGUACGUGUUCGAUGCCACUGCCUCUAAUUAUCUCUACGGCCGACAACCCCUGUCGUCUCAAACUGCAUGGUGGACAAACGGCUGCUUCAACCUGAAUACAACAAAGUUUUACGAUUUCCCGAUUGAAAAGGGACGUGAUGGCUGCAACGACAUCACUGUCACCUAUGAUCAACGCAAUCCCGCCCAUCCUCUCCGCAACAUAAUGAAGCGGAUGUUUGAGAUUCGAGCUCAUUACCCGGUCGCAAAUGAUGGCUUGUUUCUUCAAACGAUUUCUCAGCUCACAGAAGACAUCUACCUUCGUGGUUCAGCUACCACUCCCACGGUUACUGGUCUUUGGUCGGUAUUGCGGGCCUACUUCCCUGCGGUCCAGACGGAUGCAAUCCUGGCAAAUGAAACACUGUGGCUUGUGUAUCAAAAUGGUAACUCGACGAAGAGAUAUGGCGGCAGCUGCACCAACAGCAGCGCUGCCUUGUUGUCUCCAUUUACGUCGGGGAAAAAGUUGAGGAACCUCUUCUAUCCCUACGAUGAGCUUACUGUGGAUGAUGGUCCCACCGAAACGUAUGGAUGCAUCAGCGGUGGUAUGGAGCUGCUUCCAUGGGAAUACCGAGCCUAUGUGGAAACCGACAUGUUCGUCGUGCCCGGUCCUACCGUCACUGAAUUUGUCCCUGGUCAUGACUCUCGGUUAUUGUCCGCAGAAGAUACGGGUGAGACCAUCCCAAUUCAACUUGGCUAUUCUGCGGCAAUGGACUGUGACAUUAUUACCCAUGCAAUCACCCUGAACUCCACAACAGAGAAAGGCAUCGUCGCCUCUCUUGAUACUGCUAGUGUCAGCUGCACCAACGUCACAGCCAGGACGACAGAAAAUAACUAUGUCGGGGAGAUCCCGACCGUUUGGACAUGGUCUGCAAACCUGACAAAUGUCCAUCACGGAAUUCACCAAAUAACCGUGGCCAACAUGUCCACAUCUGACACAUCUAAAAUUUAUACCAAUUCAACCGACAGCUUUUUGAUCCGCGUCGGUGUUCAUACCAAUCCCCUUAUCACCCCGCUGUCCAAUUAUUCCACCAGUCUCGUGCACAAGUCCGACGACGGGUACUUUGUCAAGCAUAACGCCGCAGGUGCUGACAAGUUCCGGUACUCAGCUGAUUUCGGGAGCAAUUGGUCGAAAUGGACAACGUAUGAAGGUGGCAACACGAGUGUUACCAUUCCGACUUUCACCGGGACCUCCAAACAGGCGUGGAAAGGAACCCAUAUUCGCGUGCAAUACUUUUCAAGGCUCACCGGGAGCAGUGAUUACAUCCAGGAAGGUGAUUACGACUGGAAUGAAAAUGCUGCCCGAAGGUUCCCCAACUUGUGGUUCAACGGCCCAUUCAACCAGUACGGCUACGAUGCUGGAGUGGACAACAAGAUGCAGUUUGACUCCAAGACUUUGCGUUGGAACUACGACUUUGUCUACGAAUGGCCAGCUGUGGGACAGUUAAAUGCCUGGGGUAUAGACCCAUCAGGUAUUCCUGACAACACGGAGGUCUACGGUGACGUGGGAAACUCAUCCACAAUAUUAAAGCUUCCCCCAUCCUAUCUCUCGUCCAACAUAAUCAACAUCACCGAAUUUCCCCCCUUCCCACAUCUUGGAUGGAGGAUCUCUCUCAACGACGGCAACCUACGGUAUGAAAAGAUUCCCAUCGGAUCUGGAUGGGCCCAACUCGCCCUCUUCAUUCUUCUCUGGAUCGGCCCGAUCAUUAUGGGUCUGGCAGGAAUCUUCAUUUUUAUCCGAACAUUCUAUCAAGUCAAGCUCAACAAAGAUGGCAAUGUUCUCAAGGCCGAGACAUUGCCUGUUCUGUUCUGGCGCAAAGUCAAAGACAAAUUUGCGAAGCACGAUGACUCGGAGAACGCAACCUCAGAAAAGGUCCUGCCGACAGGCAUUGCCGUGGGAGGGGUGGUCGACCAACAGAGACGUACGGUUUUGAUUGCCACCAUGGAGUACGACAUCCAAGACUGGAAACUCAAAGUCAAGAUCGGUGGUUUGGGAGUCAUGGCCCAACUCAUGUCCCAGAACCUGAAGCACCAGAAUCUCAUCUGGGUGGUGCCGUGUGUUGGUGAUAUCGAUUACCCCGUGGACACACCGAUUGAACCCUUCGUUGUGAGAAUUCUUGACAGGCCAUACUUGGUGAAAGUCCAGUACCACAUCGUGGAGAACAUCACCUAUGUCCUGCUUGAUGCUCCGGUUUUCAGGCAGCAGACUAAAGCGGAACCUUACCCACCCCGUAUGGACGAUCUUGAAAGUGCUAUUUACUACUCGGCUUGGAAUCAGUGUAUCGCAGAGACAAUCAAGCGAACGCCAUCCAUCGAUUUCUACCAUAUCAAUGAUUUCCAUGGAUGUGUCGCACCGCUGUACUUGCUUCCCACUCGAACAAUUCCGGUUUGCCUGUCCUUGCACAACGCCGAAUUCCAGGGACUUUGGCCACUGAGAACACAGAAAGAGAAGAUAGAAGUCUGCUCUGUUUUCAAUCUUCCAGUUGACAUAGCGACCAAAUACUGCCAAUUUGGAAAUGUUUUCAAUCUUUUGCACACCGGUGCUAGCUAUUUGCGAUUCCAUCAGCGCGGUUUCGGUGCAGUGGGUGUGUCGCAGAAGUACGGAAAGCGAUCAUGGGCCCGAUAUCCAAUUUUCUGGAGUCUUAGCAACAUCGGCAGCCUUCCGAAUCCAGACCCCUCCGAUACAGGCUCCGUGGAGAAAGGCGCAGAAGUGGCGGUCACAAUUCAGUCUGAUGCCGAGCUCAUUCAUGAUAAGCUCCAGGCACAGAAAUGGGCUGGCCUGAACGAGGACCCCAACGCUGACUUGCUUGUGUUCGUGGGACGAUGGUCCAAGCAGAAAGGAGUAGACUUGAUUGCGGAUGUUAUGCCGGGAAUCCUGUCUGCCAGGCCUCUUGUGCAAUUGAUCGUGAUCGGUCCCCUUGUUGACCUAUAUGGAAGAUUAGCUGCGAUCAAGCUUGAGCGCAUCAUGGAAAUGUACCCAGGUCGUGUAUUCUCGAGGCCCGAGUUUACGAUUCUUCCACCCUACGUGUUUUCUGGUGCCGAUUUUGCCCUGAUUCCAUCUCGAGACGAGCCUUUCGGAUUGGUUGCCGUUGAGUUUGGUCGCAAAGGUGCUCUCGGAAUCGGUUCUCGCAUUGGAGGUCUUGGACAGAUGCCUGGUUGGUGGUAUACUGUGGAAUCCGACUCAGCUCGCCAUCUCUUGCAUCAGCUGAGGACCGCGAUCGAGUCAGCCUUGGAUUCAUCCCCAGAGACCAGAGAGGUGAUGCGUGCAAACUCCGCCAAACAACGAUUCCCCGUUCUCGAGUGGGUUCAAAGACUCGAAAAAUUGCAACGAACUGCAAUCCAGAUUCAUCACGACAAGAACAGGAAUAGUGUCAUUGAUCACACGCGAGACUCUCAGGCAGAUUGGGAUAUGCAGGGUUUGCGCCCUUUCUCCAGAUCCCGCCCAGAAUCUCAUCAGUCCCUUGCCGGGGCUUUGGAAAUUACACCAGAAAGAGUAUCGGAACCCAUUCAACCUUCUCUCCUGGAACUACAGGCAGCUGAGCUCAAAAAUAUGCAAGAGUCCGAAGGCCCGAGAGAUAGCAUGUUGGGUCGCAAACUGUCUCUCGGCCGACGAUCCGGACCUGGACAGGGCAGAAACCGUCUCAUUAAAAGGGCAUUGCGUGAGAGUCAGCUAUUCGAAGGUGACACAACAGAUGUGGAUGAGGAUGGCACUGAGACGCCACAAGAAGAAAAUAUCUCUCCCGAAGAGGCAAUUGCGGCCAUCAAUCGAACUCUCGGAUCCCAGGAUCUCAGCACAUCCUCUCGCGGUGACACAUCCUCUCGUGGUGAUAGGCAUUCUCGUAGCGAUUCUGCCUCCGACUCAUCACGCUUUGUCUCCCGAGACACGUCCCCAGCCAGAACACCUAUGCGUGCAGAAGGCCUUGGUUAUGGCAAUACUACUCCUGUUGCGCACACACGCAACUUGUCUGUUCUCUCCUUAGUGUCUGUCUUUGAGGAUCACGACCAACCCGUUUUCAAUCUGCAAAAAGUUGACCCUACGUUCACUGACAAAAUGGGCUACUUCACGCGCAACUACGAAAAGCUACUCACUAAUCUCAACAAGAAAAACUCGAUCACAGAACACUGUAUCGAAGUAUACUUGAUGAAGAGUGAGCGGAAAUUCUUCGACAUGUACACCGAUGCGCAGCUGAAAAAGCAGCCCAAGAUAGUGGAGCGUCCCUUGACUGGAGCUGGCUUGAAUCAUGCUGUUGAUGAUACGGAGUAUGAGAAUAUCCCACCUUCCCCUGAACACCAUGAACCGAAUGGAGCAGAUGACAUCGAUCAAUGGCUCUCUCGUCUUGGUUACAAGAGACCUAUCGCCAUCCAGAGAUUCAUGAGAUGGCGUGUCGGGAAUUGGCCUGUCUACGCUCUAUUCUUGGGUCUCGGGCAGAUUAUCGCCACGAAUUCAGCGCAAAUCACCCUUUUGGUUGGCCAAGUCGGCGAGACUGCGGUCAAGCUUUACGUGAUUGCAGCAGUCUACUGUCUGUCUUCCGUUGUUUGGUGGUUCUUGUUCUACCGCUUCCCAUCAGUGAUAGUCCUCAGUCUCCCCUGGUUUAUCUACUCCAUUGCAUUCGUUAUCGUUGGCGUCUCGCCAUUUGGGCUCUCAUCUGUUGGUCGAGCCUGGGCGCAGAAUAUUGGCGCAGGCGUUUACGCCGCCGCAUCUUCCAGCGGCUCUUUGUUCUUUGCCCUCAACUUUGGUGAUCAGGGUGCUGUUCCAGUCAAGGAUUGGAUGUUCCGCGCAAGUCUGAUUCAAGGCAUCCAACAGCUCUACACGGUGGCCCUGUGGUUCUGGAGUUCCCGAGUCACCGCAGUGGAGGUCGAAGGUGUUUCCACAGCUGCCUUGUCUACAUGGAGACUCUCAGCUGUCGUGCUACCCAUUGCCGCGGUGUGUUUCAUCGUCGGCGUGCUCCUUGCUCUAGGACUGCCCAAGUACUACCGUCAAGCCCCAGGAAAGAUUCUGUUCUUCUACACAUCCCUCUUCCGUCGACGCAUCGUUCUCUGGUUCUUCUUCAUGGUCAUCAUUCAGAACUGGUUCCUCUCCGCCGUCUUCGGUCGCAAUUGGUCAUUCCUCUGGUCAUCUCAACACGCCAAGACAUGGGAAGUCCUCAUCUUGGUUCUCUUUUUCUUUAUUGUUGUUUGGAUUUGUGCUCUGCUCAUCUUCCGUUUCUUAUCCAAGGAGCACAGCUGGAUCCUACCUGUUUUCGGUCUGAGUCUUGGUGCACCGCGGUGGGCGCAAACCUGGUGGGGAGCAUCGAACAUCGGCUACUACCUUCCAUGGGCCGGUGGUCUAACUUCCGGGGCUCUCGUCUCGCGAUGCCUCUGGCUCUGGUUAGGCGUUCUCGAUGAGAUCCAGCAAGUCGGUCUCGGGAUGAUUCUCUUGCAGACACUGACAAGAGUUCAUGUCUGCUUUGUCCUGUUGGCUGCGCAGUCUCUUGGAUCCAUCGCCACGAUUUGUGCGCGUGCCUUCGCGCCCAACAAAAUUGGUCCGGCUGGCAUCUCUCCAGAUGUUGGCUCGUCGUUGGAUAGAGUCGGUAAUGCGUGGUUCUGGAUUGCACUUUUCUUCCAGCUUUUGGCUAGCUUUGGUUUCCUCCUAUUUUAUCGCCGAGAACAGCUUAAUAGGCCAUAA